AUGCUUGCCCGGUCUGCCAGCGGCCCUGGAGGCCUGAGUAUCAACACAUCCUCGGCCAACUCCUUUUCUGCGUCACCCGUUGCGGCCGUCAACCCUCUCUCUGAACGCGCCCCAGGCAUGUAUCGGAAGGGGAAUGCGAAGUGGAAUCCCGAGGCGCGCUGUGGCGCCGUCGAUAUCCAAGAGAUCAACCGUCGCGCAGCCCAGAAGAUCGCUGACAGUACCAGGGCACCGCCGAGCACCGGCUCUCUCUUUGGAUCCCAGAACCAGGCCCAGGCCGCCCAGCCAUCGACCACCUCCGGCCUCUUUGGCGCCGCAACCCCCAAGCCAGGAGGGCUCUUUGGCUCCUCGACGACGGCGACGACGCAGCCGCAGCCGCAGCAGCAGACCGGCGGCCUAUUUGGCGGAGCAAGCACGGCGACGAACCAGCCCGCGUCCGGAGGUCUGUUCGGCUCCAGCACAGCAAACAACGCCGCCCAGCCGCAACAACAGCAACAGCAGUCGACGGGGGGCCUCUUCGGAGCCUCCACGACAAACCAGAACCAGAACCAGCAACAGCCAUCGGGCGGUGGCCUCUUCGGGAACACUGCCAACACAAUCCAGCAGCAGCCACAGGCCCAGAGCACGGGGUUAUUCGGCGCCAGCACAGCAAACACGGCCCAGCCGCAACAGCAGCAGCAACAGCAGAGCGGCGGCCUCUUUGGCUCCUCGCUUCUCGGCGGCGCCACUCAGCAGAGGGCUGGGGCUUUCGGCGGCUCCCUGAACCCACAGCCCACGGCCAGCCUGGCAGGCACACUGGGACAAUCUACCAACCAACCCAUCCCAGGAGUACGGAUAGAUCUCUCCAAUCUUCGCGGCACCACUCGCUUCAAUGAUCUGCAAGAGGACCUGCAAAAGGCCAUACUGGAACUGGACGAAAAGAUACAGGGUUACAUGAACCUGAAGCACGAGCUCGAUGCCUUCAUGCCUGCCCACGGCGAGAUGCUCUCGACCAUUCCCAAUGAUGUCAAAUUCGUGCAGACCAAAUACGACGGAGUACAGGGCGCCCUCCGCUCCGAUGCCGAGGCCAUCGAGCAGGUUCAGAACCUGAUCGUGCAGGAUGCUGAGCACGCCCGCCUGAGCUUCCGCGCCGUCGACAACCUCAAGCUUCCCCAGCAGUACCACACCGGCGGUCUCUGGUCGUCCAGGUCACAGCAAGGCGCCUCGGCCAACACCGAGGCCGAUGGUCAGGAUAUCGUCAGCUUCUUCUCCAAGACCUCCGAGGAGAUGGACGAGCAGUUGAAGCGCUACGAGAGGAAUCUCAGCGAGAUCGAGCUGCACAUGAACGGCAUCCAGGGCAGCCUGGUCGACCAGCUACAGAAGAUGAUGGCCACGAGAAACGGCGGCCCAUCCCCGGCCGAUGAGACACUGGCCGAGCUGGGUGCCGCUCUGCGCGAUCUGCAGCAUAGUAUCAUUGACGUGGCCCAGAGGGUUGGUGGCACAAACGAAGCCAUGACCCGUCUGCAGCUCGGCGAUCUCAUAUCCCACGGCCCAUAG